AUGGAGGGUCAGGAACUGCCUUGUGUGCUGAUUGACUCUAUAGGGGGGGAGAGCGGAGUGUAUGAAGACCAUAUCGAAUUCCUGGAGAAACAUUUUCAUCUCAUCACCAUGAAGGAAUAUGUUGAAAACAAGCAAUCCCUCAGCAAAAAGAUCAGAGCUAUUUACGUAUGGUAUCACAAACCGGUUAUUAACGAAGAGCUGCUCCAGAGCUUGCCGAACCUGAAGAUAGUUGCAAGCGCUGGAGUGGGAAUAGAUCACCUGGACCUGAACCUCCUCUCCAGCUACGGGGUGAAGGUGUCCAACACUCCAUUCGCUGUUUCCACGGACACUGCGGACUUUGCGAUGGCUCUGAUGCUGGCAUCUUCCCGCAGACUUGUGGAAGGCUACCAGAUGGCAGUCUGCCCCGACACGGAGUACUUCCCCGCUGGCUGGCUGGGCGCUGAGGUUUCUGGGGCGACCCUGGGCAUCGUAGGAAUGGGGACCAUUGGCUACAAAGUGGCCCAGAGAGCCAAAGCCUUUGAAAUGACAAUUUUGUACCACAACAGGAAUCGGAGAAACAAGGACGAAGAAAGCGCCGUCGGAGCUAUUUACUGCAAGAAGAUCGACGACUUGCUCCAGCAGUCGGAUUUUGUGCUGCUGUCUGUGAUCCUGACUCCACAGACGCACAAGCUGAUUGGGAAGAGGGAGCUGGAGCUGAUGAAACCCACAGCUACCCUCAUCAACAUCAGCAGAGGGCUGGUGGUGGAUCAGGAUGCUUUGGUGGAAGCCCUUCGAAAUGAUGUCAUUAAGGCAGCUGCGCUGGACGUGACGUACCCGGAACCUUUGCCAAGGGAUCACCCUUUGUUAAAGCUGAAGAACGUGAUAAUAACUCCUCAUAUAGGCAGUGCCACCCGAAAGACACGCCGCGUUAUGAUGGAAAACAUGACGGAAAGCAUACAAGCGGGUCUUGCAGGUCUUCCUGUCCCCAAUGAAGUGUUGCUGUAA